AUGAAGUUCAUCACUGUCAUUGCUAGUGCGGUCAUUGCCGUCUCCCUCACCGGAUGCAGCGAUGAUGAUGGCACCACUACUGCCGCUCCUGCUGCGACUACCAUCGCCCCUCAGGCGACCACCAAGUUCAUGGAGCCCAACACCCCGUCUGAGAGUGCUACCACUACCUCCUCUAACAAUGAUCAACAGACCACCAAGUCGCCUUCCCAGACGACUACUGGUAGCUCUGGUUCCAACUGCAAGAAGCCGGAGGGUGAGUACUGUGGCUCUGCUAUGGGCAUGCCUGCUAGUGUCGAGCUCCACGAUGACUCGUUCGAUCUCGACGUUGCUGGUAUGAUCAACGCCGAAAACAUCGGUUACACUAUGGAGUCUGACUGCACUACUGUCGAGCCCGACUGGAACAAUUCUGAUCUCAUCAAGCUAGCCGAAUCUUUGGGCAUGAACACGCAGCAGUUGUCGGAGUUUAUGAAGUGCAGCUAUAACGCUAACACCAACGUCUUCCAGGUUGAUAUGGCUGGUGUGCUCAAUCUCAGCUUGUCCCCUGAUCAGUGCAAGAACUAA